UAUGUCUUGUUGUUUACGAGGUCCGGUGCAGUGGCGUACCCGCUCUCAGAACACUUCGCGCGUUUCCCGCGGAAAAUGGUGCGCUCUCGUCUUGUCAUCGUACUCGCUCGCCACAACGUGCACCGCGCCCACCCUGGUGUAAAGUGACGGUUUCAAAAGCCAGUGUCCCGCGCGAGAGGCUUGAAUAUUUCACUCUCGCACAGCGUCACCCGUCGCAAUGAGGACCUCCUUUGUUUUGUUCUUCGCUUUCUUGUUUCUGUUCUGGAGACUGCGGGACUACACGACUCCCUUGAAUGAAGUGGCCAAGGUUGUCGGAUUUACGUGGAUUGCCGCCAUUUUGUCAUAUGUACUAUCCAGGCUUGUGUGGGCACGUGCUUUUGUUACCGAGGUCAGUGGAGAAGGAAGGGCAGUGCUCAUAACUGGAUGUGAUACGGGAUUUGGUCAUCGACUGGCGAAGCGACUCUCUCGCAAAGGCUUCCUGGUAUUCGCAAGUUGUCUCAGUUUCACCAGCCCUGGUGCCAGCGAGUUAAAGGGCUUCUCAAACGUUAACGUUCUAGAGUUAGAUGUGACGAAACAGGAGCAAGUCGACAAAGCCUUCGACGCGAUAAAGAAGCAUCUCGGAAAGAGGGAGCUCUCGGCGGUUGUUGCAAACGCCGGGAUCGGGAGCACCGGCCUUUUGGAGUGGCUGACGAUGGACACGGUCGUCGACGUCUUCAACAUCAACGUCUUCGGGGUGCUUCGAGUCGCCAAGAAGUUUCUACCACUCUUGAAGAAAAGCAAGGGCAGGCUUGUUACGGUAGCGAGUCCCUUAGGUCGUUUUACAGUCCCCAUGAGCGUGCCGUACUGCAUGUCCAAGCACGCCGUGGUUUCCAUGAUGGACGGUCUGCGCCGGGAAUGUCAUGGCAAAGGGGUUGACUUCGUUACAGUGGAGCCUUCGGCUUAUCGGACGGAGAUCUUCAAAGCUGGCUCGACUCCCAUGGACUUGGUUAUGCGGGAGUUGAAGCAACAGGAUCCGGACGCAGUCGCCGACUACACUCAUCGGGACAUUGAGGACUGGAUAAAGAUAAAUCAGAAAGCCUUCGACGCUUUUAUUAGGGAAGACCCCGAGGAAGCUGUCGACGUCAUCGAGAAAGCAGUCCGAGAAACUUACCCGAAGUAUGUUUAUCGAUCACCCUGUGGGAAAGACACGCCUUACAUCUUCUUCGAGACAGCGUUCCCCCGUGACGUGACUGAUUUACUAUCUGUCGUCACGCGGAAGAUUCAGCUCAUGAUGAAGUAA